AUGCGAGCGUCAGCAAACCAUAUCCAACACCGCGGACCAUCAUGGACCGCAGGCGCAAGAGCGCGAAGGGUACCACCGACUUGUACCUUGCAUCCCAUCACCGCUAAUGGCAGCAUAGAUGUCUAUGAAGUAGCAAAUUCUCUCGACUCAUCCCUAAAGAAAAACACCGCCUUUAUCAAACGUCUCCGAACCGGCCUGUCCUCCACGGCACAAGAUAACUUUCUCUCGGAGAUCCGUACCCUGUCUCUGCAAAAAUACCUCUCAGAGAUCAUCUCGGCCACCGCUGAAGGCCUGGGCCGACUAAAGACUGCAAGUGAGAUAGCCACUGGAGUUGAGGUUGUCAGUGCCCUUCACCAGCGUUUUGGCCCUCAGGAAUUCACCAAGCAAUUGGCAUGGCUCCUAGGCAAGGGCUUGACUCCUCCAGACAAGGCCCAGGUAAAACUAUGGAGCGCUGAAGUGCGUGAGCGCGAAGAAAAAGAACGUCUCUCGCGCCACCGAGUUCUCCUCCGGGUUGUCACAGAGUUCUGGCUUUGUGGUAUCCUCAGGAGUUUGGAUGAUGUGGACCGACCAGAUGAGGGCUCAGUUCGUGGAAAAGACGUUUCCUCUCAGGCUGAUUCCAAGCCACGACCGAUUGCAAAUGGCAUCAAACCUGAGCCUCAUCUCGAACACGAACCAUUCCCUCUCGAAGUGCUUAAAGAAUUGCUCGGCCACGAUCCUGAACAUGCAAAUUUAAGUCUUGCGGUUCUCUUUGUCAAGAACUUUGCCUGGGACAUUCUAGGCCUCAAACCACCUUCCGAGGAAGCCCGAAAAUCGGUGGACGCUGAUGGCGUGAUUGUCGAGGCCACCAAGGAAGGAGCAAGUUCUAGCAAUCUCAACGACGAAGAUGCACCGAUUAUUCCACAACCUAUCCGACAGCGAUUCGUCAAUGUGUUCGAGCGCUAUUUGACAAGUGUCAAGAGUCAUGUGAUACGCGAUCAGAGAUCGUUGAGCAACCAAAGUCGACGAAAUGCAGAAGCUUACGUCAAGAGCGGUGAAAUCUUCGAAGACAGACAAGCGAAUUUUGAGAAGCAGAUGAAGGCCCAAGAAAAAUUAGUUGCAAGUGCGCAGGUGCUCUGUGACGUGCUGGGACAAGAAAUGCCAGAUCUUGAGGAGAAAGGCCACACGGAACCCACGGCAACAGGCACUGUGGGAAUGAUCAAGACUGGAGACUAUCUCAAAGGCUCUGGCGAGGGCGCCGGGAUUUGGGAAGAUGAAGAGGAGCGUCGUUUCUACGAGAACUUGGUGGACCUCAAAGGCAGAGUGCCAGGAAUUCUCCUUGAGGAUUCCAAAAAGAAGCCUGAAUCAGAUGAACGACCAGAAUCUGUUAGUGCCGCGCCUGAAAGCAAUGGAGGCAAGCCUUCCGAAAACGACGAUCAAUCAACGACCAUUGCGAAUAAGACUGUCGGUGCCCAGGUCGACGCCAUCCUCCUCCGUCUACCAGACUUACAGACGAAAGAUAUGGUUGAUCAAGUCGCAUUGGAUUUCUGUUUUCUCAACUCCAAGGCCUCUCGAAACCGCCUGAUCAAGGCCAUCCAAGAAGUUCCCAAAGGCCGAACUGACCUGCUGCCCUUGUACGCAAGACUGGCUGCCACUCUCGGUCAAUACAUGCCCGAUGUCAUCCAGGGUCUGAUUGGGCAUCUUGACGACGAAUUCCGGAGCCUUCAGAGACGAAAAUCCAAAGACUUUUUAGGCCAGAUUCGGAUGGCUAAUAUCCGAUAUCUUGCGGAGCUGACCAAAUUCGGCAUUGUCCCAGAGCACGUCAUCUUCCACUGUUUCAAAGUCAGUCUGGAUGAUUUCUCCAGGAUGAACAUUGAGAUCAUCGCCCAUCUGCUGGAAAAUUGUGGACGAUACCUCUUGCGAAACCCAGAGACAUCUCCUCGAAUGUCAACCUUCCUUGAGACUUUGAAUCGGAAAAAAACUGCACAACACAUGGGAUCUCAAGAGCGAAUGCUAAUCGAAAAUGCGCUGUAUUACGUCGACCCUCCACAACGAGCCGCCAUUCAACAGAAAGAACGCACUCCAAUGGAGCUAUUCGUUCGACAGCUUGUGUAUAUGGAUAUGACUAAACGUAAUUAUAUGAAAGUGCUCAAGACCAUCCGAAAGUUGCAUUGGGAAGAAAAGGAGGUCGUCGAGAUUCUAGAGAAAAUCUUCAGCAAGCCUGGCAAAGUCAAAUUCAGUAACAUACAUCUUCUCGCGGUUCUGCUCCAGGCGCUCUUUCGAUAUCAUCAAGAAUUUGCCAUCAGGGUGAUCGACAAUGUCCUCGAACAAGUAACGCUCGGCCUUGAACAGAAUGAUUUCAAAUUCAAUCAACGAAGAGUGGCCGAAGUCAAAUAUCUAGGAGAGCUCUACAACUACAAGAUGAUCGACUCGACCGUCGUAUUCGACACUUUGUACCGGAUUGUGACGUUCGGUCAUGAAGGGGGAACUCCUCAACCUGAGAGCUUUACACCAUUUGAUCCCCCCGAUGAAUUUUUCCGAAUUCGACUGGUUUGCACAAUUCUCGACACGUGUGGAAUCUGUUUCGACCGAGGCAGUUCUCGAAAGAAGCUUGACUUUUUCCUCACCUUCUUUCAAUAUUACAUGUUGACGAAGGACCCCCUUCCGAUGGAUAUUGAUUUCCUGGUGCAAGAUACCUAUUCCCUCGUAAGACCCAAUUGGAAACUUGUCACCGAUCUCGGAGAAGCCGCGAAGUUGUUCGGUGAAGCUGUGACGGCAAAUUACAAACAGCAGGGCCCGGAUAAAGCUGCUGAGCAAGCAGAGGAUAUCGAAGAUUCGGGCUCUGAAGAUGCGCUUGGUGAAGGAGAUGCCGAACUUGAGGCUGAAAUGCCGCAAUCAUCGGAUGAGGAAGGCGAGGCCGGAGUGGAAGAAGACACAGCUGAAGAGAAAGAAGAGAUCGACUCUGACGAAGAGGAGCAGAUUGUCGUUCUGCGCCAAGAAGAGCAACUCGAUCCUGAAGCCGAGGCAGAUUUCGACCGUGCAUUUGAGAAAAUGAUGGCCGAAAGUCUAGACUCGCGCAAGUUUGAGCGCAAGGCUCAAUUUGAUGUGCCAUUGCCAAUCCGCAAAAUCCAACGAUUACCAGUCGAGUCAAACGAAGAUGAGCCCAGCACGGCUGUAGAAUCCGAACCCAACACCAUGGCCUUUUCCUUGAUGACCAAGAAAGGAAAUCGCCAACAAGCAAGUAUUCCCUUUUGGAUUUUUUGGGAUGGUCGCAUGGACUCCAGUUUUGCAAUCUCUAUGAAAUCUCAGCAAGCGGCGGAGAGAGAAGAACAACAACGGAUCAAAAACCUGGUCUUAAAUUAUGAUCUGCAUGAAGAUGACUCACAUGAUGGUACUCCCAAUGGAUUUCCUUCUGGCCUUAUCAUGCCACCCCCUUUGAAAAGGAACCCGAAUACUAACGGCCUCCCGUAA